AUGCUUCGCUGGUCGCUCGCGUCUAAGGUACGAGGCUACUCAAGCAUCACAGACGCGCAAGUGCUGGACUUCACACGCAGAAAUGGAAUCAUUUCGAAAAAUACUAGUCUUUUUUACCCAUCGCUCUCGCAAUUGGCAGCGGCUACCACUUCAGUAGCUGAGUUUAAACACAAGUAUGCACAUCUCCAGCAGGAUGAUCCGAAUUCCAUCGAGACUCUGCGCGCGCGUAUUAAUUCCAUUCGCGUUGCCGGCAAAAAUAUGUGCUUCCUCGAUGUGACCCACGGCAAAAGCCCCAUGCAGCUCAUAUUGAACUAUAGUGUCAUGAAAACCCACGCUCCAGACGUUUCUCUUCCAACCAAGGACCAAUUCUUUCAGCACAUCCAGAACUUGAAACCGGGGGACCAUAUACAGGUUUGCGGCUUCCCUGGAUUUUCUCAGCGGGAACACACUUUCUCAUUGAAGUGUACGCAAUUGACCACGAUACUGGCGCCUGCUAUGCACGCAUUACCACCCAAACUGUCUGACACUACAAAGCGCAACCAGAACCGAGUGCUGGACUACUUGGUUAAUGGGCACGAUUCCUUAAUUAUUCGUCAUAAAGUCAUAUCUGCCAUUCGCGAAUUUCUCAAUAUGCGCGCUUUUAUUGAAGUUGAGACUCCUAUACUGUCCCCGAAAGCUAACGGGGCUGCUGCGGAGCCAUUUUCGACCUAUGCACAGGCCACCGAUACUUCUUUGGAGCUACGUGUCGCACCAGAACUGUGGCUAAAAAGAUUGAUAAUCGGUGGUAUGGACCGCGUUUAUGAAGUAGGCAAAGUAUUCCGCAAUGAGGGAGUGGACGCUACUCACAACGCAGAGUUCACAACCUUAGAAUUUUACCAGUCCUAUGCUUCGAUGGAAGCCCUUAUUGAACUCAGUGAAAAACUGUACAUCCACGUUUUGGAUCGCGUCGAUACGCCAAGAGCGAAAGAAUUAAAAGAAGCCUUACUUGAAAAUGGUGGGAAGUUUAAUCGGAUAGAGUUUUUGCCGACUUUGGUUAAGGAAGCUUCGCUAGAUCUCAGCAACAUUGAUUUGAACAGUUCUGAACAUAUCCGUAAAGCUAUGGCCUCUAAAGGAAUAAAUAUGGAAGUAGAUGGCAAGUCUCCACAGCAGACUAUGAACAUGCUGUGUGCUGCUUUCAUCGAAGAAAAAUAUUGCAUGGGUAUAGUGCCUACUCUCAUUUAUCAUCACCCCGCUGCCAUGUCUCCGCUGGCGAAGGGAAAUCCAAUGGACAAUGCACUCACCGCUAAAAGAUUCGAGGUGUUUAUUGGUGGGAAAGAGUACAUAAAUGCAUAUGAGGAGGAAAACUGUCCGGAAUCUCAGUUACAAAAAUUUGAACUGCAGCAGGGAGCUCACGAUAAGUAUGGGGAUAAAGAGUCCCUUGCUAUCGAUCAUUCUUACAUCGAGGCUAUGAAGUGGGGCAUGCCCCCCAUUGGAGGUUUUGGGUUGGGUAUAGACCGUCUGUGCAUGCUUUUGACUGAAAACACAAGGAUAGAGCGGGUCUUAAGUUUUGGCACUAUUGAUGAUAUCGGUAGACAAUAA